UCCACAGCUACAUAAUAUUAUUACAUCCAUCUUUCCUGUCACGUAAAAGCAGAGAUUACUUUAAGGAAAGGGGAGAAGGAAAGACGUAGACUAUUUGUGAAAUAAUUGGAAUGUGACUUGGCCUCCUGCCGCUGCGCAGUGCAGUCAUUACCGGUAGCGCGCGAGGGUAAGGCUAAACCAUAGAAUCCCCGGCUAUGAAAUCAACCUGAACUCACAACACGACGUUAGGUUGCGUUUUUCCGUCCACUCAUCACGCGGGCCAGCAGGUGCAUCAUUCAAGUCUGGUGCUGACAUGCUGGUGAUAGGUGUGUUUUCCCUGGUCCUGCUCGCACACCAGUGUGUAUCUGCGCGCCAGGUGCCCGGGGACCACAGUGUAUCAGAUUCAGCCGGUGCAUCUCCUCUACUUACGCUGGCCAAUCCCUUCAGCUCUGGAGAGGAGAACCGCAGGUUGAUGCAGAGCUACAUCAAGGCCAACUUGAAGGAAGGACAAGAAGGGCCAGAUACCUCCUGGGAACAAGAGGUGUUCUACCUGUUCAGUCUCCAUGACUAUGAUCGCAGCGGAACCAUGGACGGCCUGGAAUUGAUGAAGCUGCUGUCUGAAUUCAACUCCCACAAGACACCUGGAGAACAGUCAACAGAACCGGUGGUGGCCAUGGUAGACUUUCUCCUACAGACUCAGGAUCUAAAUGGGGAUGGUCUAAUUGCUCCCUCUGAGCUUCUUUCCCCUCCCAAACUACAACAACCAAACUCUAAUUCCCAUGGUGCACCUGAUCAGGGAGGGGUAGUGGCCCAAGAGCAGGUAGAUGUCAAAGAGGAUGUUAACCCUGAGGAAAUGAAACAUGAAGGUGACAGGCAGGAAGUAAUGACAGAUGAGCAUUUUACCCAGGAGGAACAGAAACAGGAAGAGGAGAGACUGCAUGCUGAGGCCCCUGCUGCUGACCAAGAGCAAAAAAUGCCUGCUUCUGUGCAUCAGGGACAGUCUGAGAUGUAAAGUCACGUUUUGGUUGGACCUUGUUAACAUGUUAAGUUAACGAUAAAAUGAUUUUUUGAAAUCAUAAUAAAACACAAACAGCACUCCAAUACAACUAUAAUACCACCAAACCGAGUGGGAGCGGUCAACCAAUAGCAGGAACCCAUUGACUGAGAGGCAGCAGAGUUACCAGCCCCAAUAUAUUUCUGGGAAGGGCUUUUUUUCCACAUUGAGGGAUAUUUCCAUAUUGAAAGAGAUAAAGUGAGAGGGUCGACUUCACCAAAAAUCUAUCCACGUGAAAAUAUGUAGUUAGCUGAUUAAGCUAGAAUUUGGGAAUUUGGGCCAGUAAAUUUGGUCAAGAUAAAAAUGCCUAUUUGACAGUUGAGGCUUAUUUGAUUUAAUUGCUGAUUCAUAACGAUUUGACUGUUAGGGGUUUAUAUUCUUUUAAAUGCACUUUGACUACUUUCUGAAAAAGGUGCCUGUUCACACUAGUUUCUGCCCCUCAUUAACACUAGAAUGUUUCUACCCAAUCCGCCUUGCACAUUUGUGGACCUAUAUUCUCAUUGUUAGGGUGUUCAGUUGACCGUCUUAUACAUAUACAUUAUCUUUCCAUUUUUAACAAACAGCCAUAUUGUUUACAAGAUGCAGUUACAUUUUAGCACAUUGCUCUUUUCAACAAGAGCAAGCAAGGAUGUCAUUUUUACUUAUAUUAUUAAUACAUUUUAUUGUUCAAAAAAUACAUUGCCUUACACUGCUAAAUUGUACAGUAGGCCUUUUGGUUUUCAUAAUCAAGCAGUAAAUACUUAAGUUUUAAGUCAUCAAAAUUAAGCAAUAUCAUAUUGAAUGGACAAUCUGAAGAGAAGUUAAGGAAUGCAUCUAUGAACAUGUGAAGUGAAAUGCCUUAUAAUAUUUGAGAAAAAGUAUGACCCCACCUUGAACUCACUACAAUGUAACAAAUCAGUUGUACACUUGUUGACUCCCCCUUCUGGAUGCAGAAAGAAUAGAACGGUGUAAGACAUGCAGUGGAAAAUCCCUCAUGGAAUUGGGCUCGCUCCUUGUCACAGCACUUACUCUUGUUAUUAUGGACUGGUUAUAUUUUCCUGGUAACUCAGGUCAGAAAACACAAAGCCCAUUUUACUUACAAAACAGUGUAUGGAUUUUAACCAACUACAUUUGUUUGUUGCAAAGCCAUAGUAUAUUAGAGCCUUAAUUGAGACUACCCACAUUCUCGUAGGUGUGCACUUUUUCCUUGGAAAUCCACAAAGGGAGUGAACAUUUAGCCUUUGCGGAGAAAUGUACUGGGAAUAUGGCUCAGGCCUACAUGCAUUUGAUUUUGUGUAACCCAACAAUGAUUUUGGAACUUGUGAUAUUGUUUGUUGUACAUUUCCUGUAUUCCAGGUUUGUAUAUUUAUAGGAAUGUGUAAGAAACAUAAUAAAGCUAACAUGCCUAUCACUUAUUGGACAUGACAAGUUGGUAGGGCCAUAUAGCAGUAUCAGUAAUAAAGAGGAAUGUCCACUGCU